AGGGGGCGCCGCUCACCUCGCGAGGCGGCGGUUAAAAACCUCUGAAGUUUCCUCCGGCGUCAAAAAAAAAAAGAAAAAGAGACCGACAAAAGAGCGAAGAGAGGAUCAAAUCUCGAAGGUCAAAGUAGAGGGCCAUGGCUCGUGGGCAGCAGAAGAUUCAGUCCCAGCAGAAGAAUGCCAAGAAGGCAGCAGAGAAGAAGAAAGGCCAGGCUGCUGACCAGAAGACUGCAGCCAAGGCUGCACUGGUCCACACCUGCCCAGUCUGCCGGACACAGAUGCCUGAUCCCAAGACCUUCAAGCAGCAUUUUGAGAGCAAACACCCCAAGUCCCCCAUGCCUCCUGAGCUGGCAGAUGUUCAGGCAUGAAGUGUCGACUGGACUGGACCUGAAUCUGGAUACACAAUGACCACGGACUAAAAUCAAGGCGUCUGAAGGAUGUUGAUGACGAACACUGGGACCUGUCAGUAUUCACGGACAACGGGCUGGGAAGGAGGGAGGGGGUGGAUGUGUGUAUGUGCUGUGUACGUACGUGUGUGUUUGUAAGAGAAAACCAAUAACGGCGGGGCAGAAGUACACCAGCACCCCAUUUUAUAUUUAUUAUGUACAACUACCUUGCUAUUCCAAAUGGGGGACGGGGACCGGCGAGACUGCCUGCUAACACUGAAUAAAAUUAUCUUGUGACUAACGACCAGGAGAUGUGAGAAGUCUGAACAAGUUACGAUGAGAAGUAAAACAAAUAUUUUUGAAUGCUAGCUAACAGCUGGUUGUACUUUUUUAAGCGCUGUGUUGUCCAGUGGAACGGACGGCAACAGUGAAGACCCCCGCAAGAGAUCACAUCGUGAAGAAUAGAUGUGGCACCGCUGUUGGAUUCAAAAUGUAUUAAUCCAAUAGUUUUAUUCUUCUUUUCACUUGAUGAGGGUGUUCAUGUGACGUCACCAUGACCAUCAGUGUACACCCUCUCUGUAGUCCAGGUGACGUGUGAAAAUAGUGUUCACAUUUUUAUAAAAGCGUGAAACUUUGGUACCCGAACAUUUUCAGAAAUGGAGCCUCGUGGUGGCUGUUUCACUAAGUGCAUCGUUUUAGUCAAUAGUCAAUGUCAAGUGAGGCACGAACAAAAUAACAGCUUAUUUGAUGCACCACCCAACCAAGUCACCCCAAAAUGGAGUGAAAAUAUCCUGUUUUUCAUCGUGCAACAUACAACGCCAAAGCCCAAAAUAUCGCAGCGUCAGUUCUCUCCAGUAUCAUGCGGCCCUAACCAUAAUCGAAUUAUGUAUUUUUGCAUCAGUACCAGGAGAGACUUCGGAAAGUGUUCUGGAGACGGCAGCUUACAUCUGUGUGCUCCAGCACACUUCUUAUUUUAUUACUCAUGGCUGCUGUAAGUGUUAUUUUGCCGUGUUAAACGGCUCUAGAUCCCAACAGUAAUCACACCAUGAAAAAGGCCGUCUGCUCUUGAACAAACAGCGAGCAGGACUCUUCUGUAAGGUUUACAGGUUAAGCUACUGAUUCCAGCAGGUUAAAUGUUUAAAGAAAAGAGGCAAAGAAAGCUGCCUCCAAAAAAAAAAAAAUCAUGCACGUGUGUGAAUGUGUUGAACAAAGAUUUACUUCAAAAUUGUAUUACAAACUGCAGUAACUUUACCAAGUCUCAUGCUUUUUAUGAAAAAGUGAACCUCUCACCUCAAACUCAGCACACAUCAUCUGGACCAACAGAAUAUUAACAAUGUGAUUUCCCACCAGUAGCCCCCUUUUUAUAAAUUGGCUGAAAUCCGUUUGUGUAAUUUCAGGAUUUAAUGUUGGUUUAAAAUAAAUAAAUGCAGGGUAUUAGUUCAUGAAA